ACUAGCAUCAGGCUAACGCGGAAAGGCGCCAAUGAGCAGCAAUGGCGUCUGUUUGCUCCUCGGAGCAACAGGCGUCGGGAAAACCCUCUUGCUAAAACGUCUCCAAAAGCUCAGUUUGCAUGGAGAUUAUGCCUCGGAUGCCCUGCCACAUACUCUGCCAACGUGCUGUUCCCAUUUGGACGUCAUGAGACCAAGACAACACCUAAAUUGUUGAUCAACAAAUCCUGGACAUCACAAGACUUCCAACAGGAUAUUCUCACAAGGACGUGGGGACUGAGCUUAGGUGGCACAGAGUUUCGUCAUCAGCAGGUAGGAACCAAUCUGACGGACUUGACCCUAAAGAGAAAUAAGUUGACAGUGCGGGAGCUUGGAGGCUGCAUGGGCCCAAUAUGGCACAGUUACUACAAUGAUUGCUGCUCUGUAAUAUUUGUCGUAGACUCGGCCAACAUUUGUCAGACGUCGUCUUCAUGCAUCCAGCUGUUGUCUGUGCUUUCAGCUGAGCAGCUGCACAAUGCAUCGGUGCUGAUCCUCUUCAACAAGAGGGAUAUGCCUUGCACUAUGAGUCUGGUGGAGAUCCAGUCUCUUUUCCGGUUGGAUGACAUCCUUGCAUCGGCUCCUCAGACAGUCACAACACUGGAGGUCAGUGCUCGCUCUGGAAUGGGACUCCAGGAGGUGUUGGCCUGGCUGGAAUCAGUCACCUUAAAGUGAUGGAAGGAAAAAGGAUGCCGCAGCACAGUGAAUGGCCAUAAGUGACAUUUUAUUUAGACUUAAAGGAAAAGUCAACUCAGUAGAGCCAUGGGAAGAUAGAAAGAUGGCACUUCAGUUAAGUAAGUAGCUGGAUUAAAUAUGCAAAAAUGUCAAUGUAUUCACCAGUGGAUUGCAGGACUGUGUAACCACUGAUGCUUGUUGACUAUGAACCUACAGGGGGUGUAGUGUGAACAGCAAGUACAGAGAGCAGUUCAGUUUUAUACUCAUUUAGUGCUCUCAUUGCACUCUUGUUUACAAACAAAACUAUUUUUAAUAUCUAUCGUAACUCCUGAAGCACUCGACCCUCCCAAAUUAUAUAUUUUCUAUCACCUAAAUCCAGUUGUUAUCCAACAGAUGCUUUGCCAACAGAAAGUUAAUGAUUUCACAGAGCAAGUCCAGAGUCCAGACUGAUGUGUGACAACACAAACAGCUGAGUGGGCAGGGGGAUUGUUGACUACACAAAAGCAGUUGGAGAUAAUGGCAAAAGUGCAACAACUACAACUUCUAUGUAUUUAGUCAAGGUAGCCAAUUAGCAAUAGCCUAGAAAGGACUUUGAUGUGAUAUUAGUUGCAUGAUCUCUAUCCUGUUGAGAAAAGCAGCAUGCAUCAGUGUAAAGGUUAGCAUGUUAUGACACAGGAUAUAUUACAAAUUAAAGAGCGUUGCAGUUCAAUCUGACAUUUUAAGCCAAGUUGUAUUUUUCCCACAGUGUUCUCUCCAGUUGAAGUGGUCAUCAUAGGAAAGGGUUCUGAUUGUUCGGUGCAGCCUUGUCCAGGGUGCUGCCAGUAGAGAAGGGCAACAAAGGCUCAGGUAGAUCCAAGGCGGUCUGGGUGGGAUGAGUGUAAGACGAUGGGAGGUUGACGGGCUGGUGGUUGAUAGGCAGAGGUAGGGAGGCGCUGUACGGAAGAGACCCCUCUAGCGUGGCCGAGCCCAUUUGAUUCAGAGUUAGCCUGGUCUGGUCUACUUGGAAUGGAUUGCUGGUUGCGGGAGGGA